AUGUCGAUGCCGAGGCGACCGCACCUCGAGCUAUUCAAUCCAGGCCCUGCAAUAACCAAAGAGGCCAGCUUCGAGGUCUUCCAGCAGCUCCCAGUAGAGGUCCGUCUUUUGAUUUGGAAGCAUGCGUUGCACCGUCAUCGGAUGAUAUAUAUCCUACUUGAGAAGGGAAACGAGCCGAGAGAACAAGAAGAAGAUGAAUGCAAUGUUGACGGAAGGGACGCUCUCAUUGAUAGCCUUGGUCGUCAAGUUUCCGGGUACCACUACAAGACUAUCAUCGACACCCGACGGCCCCUGUUACCCGAUCUUAUCAGAGUGAAUAGGGAAGCACGAGACGCCGUGUUAUCGUUCUAUUCAACGCAAUUGCCAUGCCGCUUUAGACGAGACAAACAUAGCGAAACAACAUCCAUUAUCCGGCUGAACCUGGACUGGGACUACCUGCGAGUCUCCUACGGUAAAGCACACAACAUCUUCUUCGACUUCAUCCACGACCUCCGCGCCCACGACCCCAAAGGCCGCGGCCUCCAGCACCUAGUCGUAGAAGGACCCGACCAUCGUACAUCAGUCCACAACCCAUCGUCACCCAAACGCACCUUCGCCGAAGGCCCCUCCCUAGACGCAUUCAGAGCCACCGUCACAAAAGAUCUCAAAAGCCUGUGGUUCAAGUGCACGCCUCGCGGCGCCCGCGCCCUCAACGUGCUGGAGUGGAGGCACGUCCACGUCUUCAACUAUGGCGUCCCCGUCUUUCCGAGCUUCACCUUCUUCGACGCACCCCUACCGGAUCCAAGGGCCGGCAUCGUGCGGGAUCUUGAAAAGAUUGGCGGGAGCGUGUAUGAUCCGAGGGAGGGACCCCUCGGCUGGCGGAAGCUUCUUCGUGAUGCUGGCUUACGGCCUGAGGACAUGGCGGACAGGGGCCAGAACCGAAAUCUGGACGUCCGCAUCAUGUACGCCUCGAGCGAGGAGGAUGCCAUUCGUACCCGCGAGGACGCGGCGAGGGUUCUACAUGAAGAGGACUUUCGGUGGCUUGAGCUGCAGUGGUGGUUUCACGGGUGGGACACGCCCGCGGCCGGAGGACGUGGCGGCGGCGAGAGACCGGCAGGAUGUUUCUCAACGGCGUCGGGGUUGCAGGCUAAGCGACCCGAGUUCGAUGGGCCCGAAGUGUUGGCUGCGGCGCCGAGACCGGCCCUUGGGUUUUGGUUGUUCCCUGUCGAGGCGUUUGGGGAGAUUCCGAGUGAGGAGGGAGAAGCGAGCAAUUGGUUGAAGGUGAAGUGGGUAUGGGACCUGAGUCCGCAUCGGCCUGAACUUGCGCUGGCGGACGUAUGUUGA